GGCGCGGGUGGCGGCGGGCGGCGCGGCUCCGGGCCCGGGCGGCGGCGGCGGCAUGGCGGAGAGCGAGGCGGAGACCCCCAGCACCCCGGGCGAGUUCGAGAGCAAGUACUUCGAGUUCCACGGCGUGCGCCUGCCGCCCUUCUGCCGCGGAAAGAUGGAGGAGAUCUCCAACUUCCCGGUGCGGCCCAGCGACGUGUGGAUCGUCACCUACCCCAAGUCCGGCACCAGCUUGCUGCAGGAGGUGGUCUACCUGGUGAGCCAGGGCGCCGACCCCGACGAGAUCGGCCUGAUGAACAUCGACGAGCAGCUCCCGGUCCUGGAGUACCCGCAGCCGGGCCUGGACAUCAUCAAGGAGCUGACGUCUCCCCGCCUCAUCAAAAGCCACCUCCCCUACCGCUUCCUGCCCUCGGAUCUGCACAACGGCGAUUCCAAGGUCAUAUACAUGGCUCGGAACCCCAAGGACCUGGUGGUGUCCUAUUACCAGUUCCACCGCUCCCUGCGCACCAUGAGCUACCGAGGCACCUUCCAGGAGUUCUGCCGGCGGUUCAUGAAUGACAAGUUGGGCUACGGCUCCUGGUUCGAGCACGUGCAGGAAUUCUGGGAGCACCGCGCGGACGCGAACGUGCUGUUCCUCAAGUACGAAGACAUGCACCGGGACCUGGUGACGAUGGUGGAGCAGCUGGCCAGGUUCCUGGGGGUGUCCUGCGACAAGGCCCAGCUGGAGUCCCUGAUCGAGCACUGCCACCAGCUGGUGGACCAGUGCUGCAACGCCGAGGCCCUGCCCGUGGGCCGGGGCCGAGUCGGGCUGUGGAAGGACAUCUUCACCGUGUCCAUGAACGAGAAGUUCGACCUGGUGUACAAGCAGAAGAUGGGGAAGUGUGACCUCACGUUCGACUUCUGCUUAUAAUCACAGCAACGGCGACCCUGCAUGCUCAGCCCCCAGACACUCCUAGCUACGAGCCCCGUAGGCUCGCGCUCGUCACCGCUGGACAGGCCCCAGGAGCAGAGUGGACGCGCGGGCGGGCGGGAGCCCCGAGGGGCGGGGGAGGCGGGCUCGCCUGUGGGGCCGGAGCGGCCGCUGGAGUGUGAGGUUGGCGCGUCUGAUCACCGACGCUGUCGAGACCGCUGUUGCGGUGGCCGUUCCCAUGAGUGCAAGCCCGUCACACGCAGCCAGAGCACCUGCCCUUGGUGACCCCACAGCAUCUAUUGUAUUUUAUAGAGCUUUUCACUGGAAACCUAAAGAAACGUCAGUGUAAACCAAAUAAAAGUGCAUUUCCACAGGGACGCAGGAGCGAGCCACUCCCCGGUGGUAGGAAGACCUCAGGGCGGACUCUGUAUUUUUGCAGCUUCUGGGAGGCGUCGCCGCUGAGCUGUGGUCACCCCACUGGGCGGAAGGCGAGCGCCCGGGUGUGGUGGGGGCAUGGGGGCCUGUCUCUUGCAAUUGUGUGUCAUUCUUUGUAACCUUCAAAGGAAGCAGAAACUGUUCACUGGGGCGUUUUCAAAAGGGAUGCCCCUCUGUGAGACCUCAGCCACCAGGGGGCCGGCGGGACCAGCAGACAGGAGUCUGGCUGACGCCACGGCGACCGGAGCAUCAGCCCUGGAGACAGACGCACGCCGAGCGCUCGGACUUGGAGUUCCCGGUCGCAGUCUCCUGUUCGUUCCCUGAAGCAGAAACCUGCUCACGUGGGCCAGCAGACGCUUCUUGGUGACCUUCCGGAGCUCCUGGCCUCCGCCUCGCGUCCGGGCUGUCCCGUCCCUGCCUGGGCGCUCCGCCACGGGAGGACCACGUUGCAGGUGUAAGGCCCCAGUCCCCUCAGACCGGGUGGCAGUCUUGCCGUUGUCCGCCCCGCACCGCAGUACACCUGCAGGCGCAGAGGUGGCAUCUUUACACCGCCCCCCCCCAAACAAAAAUACACCUGCUUCCUCUCCUGGCCCAGCUUUGGCUGGAGAAGGGGCGGAGGGGUGGCCAGGUGAGCCACCUGCGUGCGAGCCGUCGCCGUGGUGAGACUGGGGUGGUCUCGUGUGUUCCUGUGGCGGCGCAGUUCCCAGAGAGACAGCCAGGGGUCGCUGCUGGAACCUGGUUCGCACUGUG